AACAAAAUGGCGGGGGUUUUGAGUAUUUUUGUUUCGAAAAAGCCCUUCCGCGUUAUACAAUAUUCGUUGUUUCAUGCGGUGAAUCCGGUAAAAGAUACGUUUAACAUGAACUUCAACAUGUUUCUUUCAUACUGUGGUUGUAUCGAGGAGGAUUUCAAGAGAAUAGCUUAACAAAAUGGAUGAAAAUUAUAAUAUGGAAAAAUGUGCAGGAGUGUCAGAUGAGGAUAUCAUCCAUCUGUUGAACACUAAAAAGCAGAAAAGCCGUGAAAUUUUAUCCAUAACUAAUGCUGCUGCAGAUUCAGUGUCUAAUCGUGCACAGACACAAGCGAAACAAGCAUUUGGUGAACAUUUAUAUUCAAGCCAAAAUUAUGCAGAAAAUAAGGAGAAUAAUAUGAGUGCACAUAUCUCUGAUUCUUUUGUGUCAACUGGGUCUAGGGUUGGGUCAUUUAGUGGUCAGCAGCAAGUACGCAUUCCUUCCCGUCUUUUGCGGGAAAUAAAGUCACCACUGGACCGUAGUAGCAGUGGGAAUGUAUCGUGCAGCGAAUCCAAAGACACGUCAAGUGGAAGCUUGUUUGCAAGUCAGUCGAGCAGUAAGUAUGAUGUGUGGGUGAAGAGAAGAGUCUAGCCCAAAUAAUUAGAGUUGAGAUCGGCAAGCAAGAGUUUGCAUGAGAGUUUUCUCAAGUCUUGUGCUUUGGUCAAACGAGAACAAGUGUUGCAUGAAAGUUGAAGAGAAUACACCCUUCCAGAUAGUACCUCACUUUAGCUAUAUAGCCUUGUUUUCAUGCAUGUGAAUUUUUGAUAAUCAAUUUUCACACCUUAAUCUCUAAAUUUCAUUGUUUUAUUUUUGUCAUUGUUGUGCCCGUGAUCUGCCUUUAAAAGUAUCUUGCCGCCAGACUUGCGUUUGUUUGCCCUAAAGAUCUCGUUGAAAACAGCAAAAUCUCUCUCUGCAAUCUGAUAUGUUACUACUUUAGGUGGACAGUCAUCAAUCCAGGCAACUGGUCCAGUGCCAACAGUGAUUAAAUAUUCCACCCAACCUUCAGAACAAUCUCAACCUAACCCUCCCCACGGUAGCAAGAACAGACUCAAUGACACACCUGUUGUCAUAAAAUAUUUACAAGAGUAUACAUCACCUAAUUCUACAGACUCCACCAUAAAUAGCAAACCAAUAACUAGCCAAGCAGAACCCAAAUCUAAAGACUUCUCUAUAAACAGGAGCAAAUCAGUAGAGAGCCAAGUAGAAGCUGAUAAUAAUAGUGCUGCUAUGCCUGUAACUAUUUCUCAAAAAAGUCCAAAAACAUCAUUUGAAAGACAUAGUCUGAAUAAGCCUGAAGUAGUUGUUUCUGGAAGCAAGAAUGUAGAGCAAUUGCGAGCUUCAUAUGGUUCAAAAAGACCAGAAAAGAAAGAUUUGGCUCAAUCAACUGGGAAACAUCUUAAGGUAAAAGCUAGAUCAUUGCUCCCCACCCACCCCCUAGUGUUUGCCAUUGAUUAGUAUGGAGGGUGGAGCACAUUUUUCCCAAUUGAAAGUUAAAAUGCCAGACUGCCAAGGUGGGGGAGCUUACCCCUAUUGAUGCAUGUUUACUGACUACAUUUAUGACCAUAGUUUUUGUGUAUAGUUAAUUUAAUGCUAUAUAGGCUGGGGCGGUUCUUGAAAAAAAACGAAACCGAAAACCGUCAGGAAACAAAACAGGAAAAAACUAAAAACCGAUUUUUAAUCUAUAAAUAACACACAGACAUAAAACUAUGUACAGUAGCACAUGUUUUUGUUAUGUGAAGAAUUUUGGUUUUAGAUGCUUAAUAUCAAAAGCUUACAGUCUAGGUAUAAAAAUACAAGUAAGAAGACAACGUUAAAAUAAUGUAUUUACAAGUUUUCAGCUAGGAUUAACUGAAACAUAUUUAGCAUUUUUAUCUUGUUUUUUUCCCAGUUCUUUGUCUUUUUCCGGGGUUUUUCCGUUUUUCGGUACUUGGACUUUGGCAAACCGAAAAACCAGUUUUUCAAAAAACCCGGUAUUUUCCGGUAUACCGAAAAACCGCCUCAACCUAAUGCUAUAUAUUACCUGCAUUGCUUUGUAUGUAAAUAGACAAAAGGAGCUGGUCUGUGUCAAGGUGCACCUUCCAACAAUUUAUCGUAUGUUGCUGAAUCAGAAAGAGGUAUACUAUAUUUUGUAACUCUGUAUACUUUACAUUUAGAUAUGUAAGACAUAUACUGUAUUUGAUGCUCAACUGUAUUUAUUAACAUGCAAUAAUUCAUUGCAUCUUAGGCCAAGUAAAAGCUGUUUCCUUCAAUACAUCUGAUAAAGGAAGGGCCACAAGAGACAUGCUUGCCAAAAGGUAAAGUGUUGUAUGCAGUAAGUACCGGUAUGAUAAUUUCUUACUGAAUGUUUGAUCUACAGUAGUUCUGGCAGAUGCCUUAGUAGAUUUAGCCUUGCAUCCUAUUGUACUUGAAUCUGCUCAUGACAAAACCUAACCUGUGUUCCAGUACACUAAAUUUGAAACACUGGUUUCAGAUAAUGACUAAAACAUAAUUUUAAAAAUCAGGUAAAAUGGAUGUUUACCUCCCCCCCCCCCCCUCUCUCCCAAUAUUAAAGUCUCUGUAUUUAUGGUACAAAUAAAAAUCUGUUAUAUCUUAAUUAAUUGUAUUUAGACAAGACCAUGGCCUUGCAGUGCGUCGAGUCGUUCAACCGAAAAUCAUAGAGGAAAAACCUGUAAGAGGAGACCAGAGAUUAUCCCAAGAAAACCCAAGCAAAGAGUCUAGUGAUGAUAAAACUAUGACAAAUGAAACAGUUGUUCAAGUAUGUUGUUGGAGUUUGUCACCGUAUUUUGUCCAUGCAGUAAUUGAAUUUUACAAACCUCAACAGAUUUCACUUCUGAGCAUUCAUCUUCAGUAACUGAGGGCUUUCAAAAUAUAUAUUGAUGGCUGCCAGUAUGCCAUGAGUGGGUACCACAAGGUAAUUAGUAUGCGUGGUAAAAGUCAUGUUUUUCACUUAGUUUCCGAGUGGGUUUGAAGAACGAAUGAAGAACCUCAUGAGCACACUAGGUGCAAUUGAAAGUCAAUGUCAAGAGAACCGUGUUUGGCAAGAGAAACAACAGCAAGAACUAGAACAGAGUAUUAAACAACGAGAUGAGAGGAGAUUACAACAUCUGGAAGAGAUGCAAAAACAGUUGGUCGAAUAUCAGGUAUUGUAAGGUCACCAGCAAAUCCCAUUCUCUUCUUUCGUACAAUCCAUCACACAGUCAUCCAUGAAUCUGUGAUGUAUGUCAUCAUACAGCCAUACUUUUUUUGUUUGUGAGUGCUGUACCUGACCAUCACCCAACCCUGACCCUUAACCCCCCUCACCCUAACACCCCUCACCCUAACAUCCCUCACCCUAACAUCCCUCACCCUAACACCCCUCACCCUAACACCCCUCACCCUAACACCCCUCACCCUAACACCCCUCACCCUAACACCCCCCACCCUAACACCCCUAACAUCCCUAACCCCGAUCACCUUACCCCCCAUCACUCUAACCCCCAUCACCCUAACCCCCCUCACUCUAACCGAGGAUGGCUAACUGUUCUGACCUGAAUUCCAAGAUUUUUUCCCUGUUUGAGGUUCUGUAGCACUUUGCAUGCAGUAUUAUAACACAUAGCUUGUAAUUUUCCACAUUUGAUAAAUGAUACAUAUCCUAUCAUCAGAAGUCUGGAAGGCGACUAUCAGAAUUUUUUGUCAACCUGACAUUGGCAUUUGCCGAUCAGAUUAUAACCUUUCUUUUUAACAUAAAACUCUUCUCUUUUUAGUUCAAGUAUGCUCAACCAAUUACGGCUCCACCACAACACAUUUAUACAUCAACUGUUGGCAGUACAACACAAGGCCUUUCCACAACCCAAGUGAACCAUGCCCCACCCACCCAACAAGCCUUACCCCACCCUACUCUGCAGACAUCAUCUAGUCGAGUUGCAAGUCAAAACUUGACCCAAGGUGUGUCAGCAUCAAACCCAAACUAUACUGCAGCUGUUCAACACCAGACACAGCCAAGUUUUAAAACCACUGUGUACAGCAAACCCCGUGAAGAGAAUCCGAAAUCAGGUAAGAAAUGUUUGACGGAACUGACUCUUAGCUAGUUGAGGCAUAAAAAAAAAUACCUGUGGUUCCGGUUCCCGACCGACCCUAUUAUUUUUUCAACGCGAUUGACAGUGCGACCCUAUUUUCUCCGGGUGGUUGCGGGCUGCUCAUACAGCGUGCCAAAAUGACGUCUGUUGUCAUACUAAUUAUUGAAACAAAUUGCCUAAAUUCGUCCAUAGGAAAUACGAAUCUCUAGUUAAUAUUGAUGUCGGGACUCUACUGCAAAUCGCCCAGCAAAAAACCGCCAAAAUCAUGAAAAAAAUAUUCAAAAAAAAAAAUUUAUUUCCGACCUACCGACCCUAAUUUUUUCACGAUAUGAAACCGGAACCACAGGUAUUUUUUUUACGCCUGAUUCAAGCAGCUCAGCACUAAAUUCGCAACAUCCACAGACGUUGAAGUUUUUCCUCGCGAGGUGAGAAAUAUCAAACACGAUAUUUUCCUCAAGGCCUCAGGAGGUUAAAUCCUCACGAAAACUAUCCGCACCGGAGAGAAACAUACUAAGCUAGCCACCACACAUAACAAGGCCGUUAGCUCAGCAAGUUUCUCUCGCGUGCGGCAGGAUUCGGCCCACUAACCAACUCGGCCCACCGUUCAAGGAACAACUCCUCCCGCUCGUAAACUGACUAAUCUAACCACUAAAAAACUGCUAGGAGCCAUGACUGCGUUUUAUCUUUGCAAAUUUUGAGAGAGAUUUGAAUGAUUAGUAAUUUAGUAUCAAAACGGACAGAUCGAGAGUUUGAAACUUCGAUAGAUUCUUUAAUUAAAUAAAGUCAAACUGGAUGUUCUCAAACUGGAUGUUCUCAAACUUUUACUCAUCUGUACGCCCAAUGCAACUGCAAAUGGCUGUAUUGAUUUGGUGCUAUCUUUUGUAAAAUAUUAGCUUUCCUAAUAUGUCAAACAGUAGUUAACAAUUGGGCCAAGAUGGUAUGGGCCGAGUUGGUCAGUGGGCCGAGUUGACCAGCUUCCCUUAAGUUCUUUGUAAUUUUCCAAAACGACUUGAGCAAACAUGGCAUUUAAACUUGGUCUCGUCUUAGGUGUGAAAAGAAAGUUCGUUCGCAACACUCGUACUCAGACCUCUCCCCAGGUCUCCUCCUCUGAGACCUCCUCGUCUCCUCUUGACACGCCGCUUCCUCGAAAACGUCACCCGGUACCGAUGACCCGGGACUGGAAGACCGACCGGGGAAAGAAACAUGUACAUUUUGACACGCCUGAUGAUAAGAACAUUGGAAAACCUUUGAAGAAAAGAGGUAACAUUGCAGCAAAAAUUGCCUAGUUUAAUAUGUGGAUUUACGGCAUUUGUAGAAGGGCAUUGUAUUUGAAAAUUUUGAGUGUGAAUUUUAGUAUACACUUAUUAGACCUAACCAGGACACAAAAUAGGAAAGUACAGCAGAAGUGUAACUUGAGUCUGUGUUUACGUCCACGAAAAUUUUAACUCCCUCACGCCAUCCUGGCUAGUACAGCCGGAAGUUUUUAUAAGGUUUUGGUAGGUACAAAGUGCCGGUUGUACUAGCCAGGAUGGCGUGAUUGAUGACGAAUCGCUUGUAAGAACGCGGACAAAUACUUGCUUGAGUGAGACUUCUGGUGUACCUUCCUAUUCUGUGACCAGGAGCGGUUGCGAUGAAUGCAACUACUGUAUAGGGUGUAUAGGCCCUCUGGAAGGAAAGAGAGCCUGUAGUUGCAUUUUUUGCAACUGUUCCUGGUUAGGUCUAAGAAGCGGAUAAAAUUCCCAUUCGAAAAUUUCCAUCUACAAAACUCGUUUAACAUGGCCUCUAACAUGACCUUCAAUUAUCCCCAGUAUUCACCGUUAAGCUUCAAUAGCCCCCUUAGGAGCCUUCUGCCUGCAGGGGGUUGAAACGCCAAUUACGACCGAAUUUUUCAAAGGUAGUCCCCUCGAGACGGCUACAUUUGGCAAGUAUCAGGUCGGCAGAUAAAAAAAAUUUGAUCGUAGAGUGAUCCUAAAGCCCUAAAACACCUCGGUGAUGAUAUGAUCAAGCAUUUCAUUCUGCUUUUGCAUAUAAUUUGCCAACAUAUUAAACACCUGGUUUUUUUACGUUAUUCAUAUACAAUUAGAAUACUUCAUAUUUCAUAACACGUUGAUUUAGGGAGACAUGAUAUUAAAUUUUGCGACCACUGGAUCCAGUUAUUCACUGGUACUGGUAGCCACUUGGACGACCAAAAUGUUUUUUAAAAUUUCAACCUCUGUCUGCAUGCGAUUAUAACACAUAGUUUGUAUUUUCCAAAGUUGAUGUGUAUCCUGUCGUGAGAAGUGUGGAAGUGGACGAUCAGAAAAUGAACGGAGCACGAAUUUUGCAGUCAUCCCAGCAGUAUGGAAGGUAGGGUUACUUAUAAUAUAUUAUAAAAGGUUUAUAUUAAAGGCACAGAAUAGAGA